GGCCUCGGCCGGGCGCGGAGGAGGGGCCGGGGGCUGGCCCGAGCCGGGCGGUGCCGCCGCCCGGGCAGCGCGGGGGUCUCGGUGGCAGGCGCGGCGGAGCGGGGCUUCGCCGUGACUUCGGCUUCUCCCCGCAGAGCCCGAGAGGCGCCGGUAGCGCAGAGGGGACGCGAAGGCUCUUUCCCGGCCGGUGGCAGCGGGGCGGGACGCGGGAGGACCGAGGGAAGCGGCCGGCGGAGGCGCAUCCCGGCGCGGUCCCUCCCGUCCCUCGCCCGGCUCGGCGCGUCCCCCCGCGGCUCGCCCGGAGCCAUGGGCCGGCCCGACUGAGCCCGGCGCGGAGCGGCCCGGAGCGCGGCCGGCGGAGCCCCGGCGCGGGGGAAGAUGCGCUCGGCGGGGCGGGCGGCCGCCGUCCUGCUGCUCUGCGGGGCUGCCUUUGGUCUCUACUUCCCCAGGAAAGAGUACUCAGAAAAUGUCUACAUUGAUCAGCCAGCAGGCACGCCACUCCUGCGCAUCCAUGCCUUGAGGGAUUCACAUGGGGAAGUGGCCCACUUUCAUCUGUGCCAGAAUCUCAUCGUUUCUCGAGCAAGAUCCCAUGAAAAUCAUUGGUUUCAAAUCAGAGAAAAGACGGGACUUCUCUAUCUCAGCAAAAGCCUGGAUAGAGAAGACUUCAACAUGCUGUCUGUAGGAAACUGGAUGCCGUUAUCAAAGGUGAUGCUGUAUGUUUUCCUUUCGUCCCACCCUUUCGAAGAGAAGGAAUGUGACUCUGCUACACGCACCACAGUUUUCUUCUCCUUGAUCAAUGCUACUGCACCAACUUGCAGUUCCCUGACAGCAAGGCAGCAUUGCUUCACAGAAAUGGAUCUCUCCUUUCACAUCAAGGAGAAUAAACCACCCGGCACAUUUCAUCAGCUCCAGUUACCCUCAGUUCAUCAUCUGUGUCAGAAUCUCAGCAUUUCCUACAAACUGCUGGCAGCUGAAGGCAUGCCCUUUCGAUACAAUGAGAACACCACCAGCGUGAGUGUGACACAGCGCCUAGAUCGGGAGGAGAGAGAAAGAUAUGAGCUGAUCGCCAAAUGUACUGUGAGAGAGGGCUCCAGGGAGAUGCAGGUGGAGGUGCCCUUCUUGGUGAACGUGCUGGAUGAAGAUGACUCUCCUCCCUUCCUUCCCAAUGGCACUGAUACUGCCGAUGCUGUCGUGGAGUUCAACAGGAAAGAGGGAACCGUUCUUGCAGUGCUAGCUGUAUAUGAUGCAGACACCACACCUAUUUAUCCCCUUGAAAGCAGCAGAAAGAAAUACACCGGAACCAUCAUUACCGACGAUUCCUGGAUAGGUGAAACGUUUCGGGUAGAGCACAUCUUUGAUGAAAUCCACUUCAGCCCAAAUGGCAGCCAAGUGCGGGGAACUCGGCAUGAGUACAAACUGGUACUGAAUAAAAGCAUUUCAGUCACAGAGCAUCGCUCCUUUCAGUUGGAUGUGUUGGUGAAUGACACAGAAUUUCAUGGCCCAGAAAGAUCGGUGAUGCUUCAUUUCAAUGUCUCCAUCCUCCCUGUCAGCAUUCAGUUUCCAAAUGUGACUUACCAGUUCACAGUGAACAGAAACGCUGAACGUUUUGCACAGAUAGGAAAAAUCUGCAUUGAAAAUUGUAUGAAAUUCCGUGGGGUGAACAUCACCUACAAGUUACUGUCCCCCAACGUAAGCUGCUAUCCUGUCAACAUACUUCAAGGCCGAGAAGAAAAAUACGGAAGCCUUUACGUGAACGAUUCCUCUGUGCUGCGCAGACCCGAAUGCAAGGAAAUACAGUACACUAUUCAAGCUACAGACAAGCAGAGCAGGAAACAUACCAAAACCCUCUUCACCAUUGUAUUGGAAGGAAAUCUUUUAAAAAAAGAGGAGGACUGCCCUGACUCUUGUGCCGUGAGUAAGCACCGUGCUGAAUGCGAAGAGUGUGGUGGCCUGGGAGUGCUAACAGGGAGAUGCCAGUGGAGACAGGGCAGUGGAAAAGGGAUCACCACAAACUAUUCCACGUGCACCCCCAGCAUCAAGACUUGUCCGGACGGCGUCUGUGAUGUGAUUGAGAGCAAAGACCCGGCCGUGUGCCCCCAAGACUGCACAAGUGGAAACAUUAUUGGUGGUCAUGGGAAAGGCACUGGAAAUCUUGGAAUUAAGUCAGGACAUGGAAUUUGUUACUGCUUCCCAAGACAGAACUGUUACUGUGAGAAAGAUGAUAUCAAGGAGCAACUAUGUGAUGACGUAUGCAAGACUGUGAUAGCAGGGGCAGUGCUGCUGUCCUUCAUCAUCUCCGUGCUGCUUUCCUCCUAUUUCAUCCAUCGUUACCACAAGAACUCUCCAAAGGCCCCUAUCGCCUCUGCAGAAAUGACGUUCCGGCGCCCAGCCCAGUCCUACCCCAUCAGUUAUUCUUCCACUAAUGUCCGCCGGCCUUCUUUAGAUUCCAUGGAGAACCAGGUGUCUGUAGACACCUUUAAAAUACCAGAAGAUCCAAAGUGGGAAUUCCCUCGGAAGAACCUAGUUCUGGGCAAGACUCUUGGAGAAGGAGAAUUUGGAAAGGUCGUCAAGGCAACAGCAUUCCGACUCAAGGGAAGGGCUGGCUAUACCACUGUAGCGGUGAAAAUGUUAAAAGAAAAUGCUUCCCAGAGUGAGCUGCGAGAUCUGCUUUCAGAGUUCAACCUUCUGAAACAGGUGAACCAUCCUCAUGUCAUCAAACUUUAUGGAGCCUGCAGUCAAGAUGGCCCACUGUAUUUAAUUGUGGAAUAUGCUAAAUACGGCUCCUUGCGCAGUUUUCUCAGGGAGAGUCGCAAGGUAGGACCAAGCUACGUGGGCAGCGAUGGCAACAGAAAUUCAAGUUAUUUGGAUAACCCUGACGAGAGAGCCUUGACAAUGGGAGAUCUGAUUUCCUUUGCGUGGCAGAUAUCACGAGGAAUGCAGUACCUUGCAGAAAUGAAGCUUGUCCAUCGUGAUUUAGCAGCGAGAAAUGUAUUGGUGGCAGAAGGACGCAAAAUGAAGAUUUCUGAUUUUGGCCUCUCCCGUGAUGUAUAUGAAGAAGAUUCAUAUGUCAAGAGGAGCAAGGGUCGGAUACCUGUUAAAUGGAUGGCCAUAGAGUCCCUAUUUGAUCAUAUCUAUACAACACAGAGUGAUGUAUGGUCAUUUGGAGUUCUGCUAUGGGAGAUUGUAACUUUGGGAGGCAAUCCCUACCCAGGUAUUGCUCCUGAAAGACUCUUUAACCUCCUAAAAACAGGCUAUAGAAUGGAGAGACCAGAAAACUGCAGUGAGGAAAUGUACAACUUGAUGUUGCGCUGUUGGAAGCAAGAGCCUGAUAAAAGACCAACAUUUGCUGAGAUCAGCAAGGAGCUAGAGAAAAUGAUGGUGAAGAGUAGGGACUACUUAGAUCUUGCAGCUUCCACACCGUCUGAUUCCUUACUUUAUGAUGAUGGGCUCUCAGAAGAGGAGACACCACUCGUGGACUGUAAUAAUGCUCCCCUCCCUCGAACCCUCCCUUCCACAUGGAUUGAAAACAAACUCUAUGGCAUGUCAUACCCGAACUGGCCUGAGGAGAGCCCCGUUCCACUCACAAGAUUCGAUGGCACUAACUCUGUGUUUUCAAGAUAUGCAAAUGAUAGUGUAUAUGCUAACUGGAUGGUUUCACACUCAGCGGCAAAAUUUAUGGACAAGUUUGAUAGCUAAAAUUUUCUUUGUGAAAGGUAAUGGAUUCCUGAGGGGAACAAAGAUGCAAAGAAUGGAAAGUCCAUUGGCUCGUUCUUUGUACGAUCAACAACUAACUUUUAAAUUGGCAAACCCUUUUAUUGGUAGUUUCUAAAGUGUGUUAUUCAUGCUGGACACUAGGAUUUGUGAUCUCCCCUUUCACAUAACAUAUCAAGCUGGAUAAGAGUUGUGGUUCCAGUACGUCUUUCUAGAUUGCCAUUUUGCAUACGGUUCCAUUUGGCGACUUCUUACUGCAAAUGGCCUCGCAGUCUAUUCUCGCUGUUUUUUAGACUAAACCUCCUGUGAUGCAGCUUUUUUGGAUGGGAAAAUGUACUUGAACUGCUACUUUUAUAGUGGCUGUUAGCGUAUGACCACUUGAUCUAAGCAGGAAGCACAAACAAUAUAUGGAAGGGAGGGGGGAAACAGGCUCCCAAAUUACUGAGCUUGCUAUCAAAUGAGAAGUGUUACGAUGAUGUUGGCACUAACGAAACCUGUGUCUUGGUUUGGAAGCAAACAUUAAGUAACUCAAUAGAGGACUUGAGAUUCAACAUUUCAAGUCUUGUAAAAUGUAUUGUCUUGUCUUAAGAGAAUUUGUUUUAUUAGUCUUAACUUCUCUUACCUUUAGCACAAUGGAGAUAAAUUUGAUACAAGAUAAGCUGUAUAGACUGAUGGCAAUCGAGAGUGUUCAUCUGACAUAAUUUACUUUCCAUCACCUACAUCUUACUAAUGUUAAAUCUUGUACUAUCAUAAUUCCUCUUAUGAGUUCAAAAUAGACCGUACAGGACUUUUUUAGAUUGAAUUCGACUGAAGAGAUUUUGUUUGCAUUCAUAUUCAGUGGGUUGGAGGAGUCCUCUCGGCUCCAAAUUGGAUACACUGCCAUGCACAGGACACUGCCGUAAUACCAAAUAAACCUAUUACCUUGAAAGUCAUGUCUAAACAACACUUGCACAGCAAAAUUGGUCUAAAACUCUACUGUUAAUGAGACUAUAUCAAGGAAAAUGUCAUCGGAAUUUGUUAAGGUGAAAUAUAAAAAUGUGCUUACAACACUGACUUGAUAUUUGGGAGAACGAUCAAACUGUGGGUCGUGUUCUAUGUGGAAGAGGAAAAGUUCAGCACUACCUUUUUGUCUUUAUUUGUAAUCUAAUAUGGUUAAAGAUAACUUUCUGUUUGAUACAAUUGUUGGGACGUAAAUCCCGAGUGACUCGUUGUUAGCGUUGUGAUGGUUAUUCUAAAUAAUCCAGUUCUACCAAAGCUUGCUCCUGUCACUUACAAUCCAAUUUAGCUGUUUCCGGCUGUUGUUUUGUGUAUCAGCUUUAUGUUUCCAUUAAAGUCUGUGAUUUCAGAAACAAAGGAGUCAGACUGCCAAAACCCAAACACAGAUUUUCAUUUUACGAAAAAGUGGGAUAGAAAGUGCUGUGUUGGAAUUUAAAUACCUGCACUGUUGGGUAUCAUACCGGAUCCUGUCCUGGUUUCAGGCAAGCACCAAGCAGAGUGACUUUUUCUUUGUCCCAGUAUUUGCUGUGUUGUGUAAAUGCUAAUGUAGAGUAAACAGAUACAGCUAUGUAUCCAGGAGGGGUUCAGCUGCGAUACAAUGGUGGUCUUCCCUGGCACAACACAGCUCUCAGAAUGCAUACUUUUAAAAUAAAUGGCGCUGAAAAUUAAGCCCGUUACAUGGGCUUUUUUUCUAUUGAGAGAUCUAUGAGAAAAGGAGAGAAAAAUGGCACUUGUGGUAACUUUUUGCUUUGUCCGGUCCUUUUCCUAUAUUUUAUGUCUGUAAAUGGGGAUUCUUUAUUUGCCACGAGCAAUCAAGGCAUCAAGAUUUUUUUUUAUUUUUAUUUUUCCUUAAAUUAAGAGUUUCUUUUUAUCAGCUAUCUGCAGCAACAGUAUUCGGCUGGGAGAUGUGAAGUGUCCAGCUGCUAACCUGAAAAGCCCUGCAAUACCACCACUGCUGUAAAGUAGGUGAGCGGGGUAGUAAGUGAUGUUGAAAUAACCGGCAGAUGCAGAAAGUAUCAUGUAUUUUAGACUUCCAGCAUGAGUUAAUGUUGUUUCAACCAUUAAUUCCUGUGAAAAAUUUAUUGUCACCUGUGUUAUCGGCCAUAGGUUCUGCAUAUACAAUACAUAAACAGCUCAUCAUUAUACUUGCAGUGCACAAUUACCUGCAUUAAUUAAUGAAAAAUUCUUAACAAGUGUUUCCUAAUCCAACUAAAUUUGACUCCCUACUCGUGAGUGUUGGUAAGAAAUAGAUUAUUACUUUCAAGAAUUCAUUCGUAUUAUGAAAGCUUCUUAUGUCUUCUGUGUACACUAUUUUUGUAAAUAUUUCCCUUGAAGUGUUUCCUAUUUGUUCUGUGUUGCCAACAGUCAGAAUGGUGACAACCUUGUUUCAGUUCCCCAUUAGAGAGUAAAUGUACUUCCCAUGUGGGAAAAAAAAUGAUACUGCAGAUGAUUAUUCCAUCGGUGCCAGAAAUACUUAGGCACUUGGCUGCCCUGAGUAAAGUGAAUUUGAAGGGAACAAAUGACUCACCUAAAUGCACAGGUUGGAGGGAAUAACUUUCUAAAAAUUUCUGCCAGCCUUUUCUAAAUAUCUGCAGAGAUGACAUGGUUUACCUCAUCUGUGCUUUGAGUUGUGACAGAUGGGGGAGAGGGUGAAUCUCAUGUGUCCUUCCAGUCAUUACUUACAGCAGCACAAGGCAUUUAUUGUAAUAUUCAUUUCUACAAAUUUUUCCAGAGGUAUGAUACUCAGGAAAUCUACUGUGAGGUUGCAGAUGUUAAUCUGAAGACAUUAGCCUGUUUCAUAUAAUAGCAAUUUAAAAAAACCUUGUCCUCUGAGUAUGAGGUACAUAAUACUUAAAUCAUGUGGGUUUAUCUACAAUUUGUCAUGCAAAAUGUGUAAGAAUCUCUACGGUUCGCUCAACUGGACCUAAGCAAUUCUCAAAAACAUACAGUGAAAAAACAUAAGUUUCUAUUCCUUGAUAUCUAAUAAUCAAUUUUAUAUGAAUAACACAAGCCUCAAAAUAUACCAAAAAAGGACAUUGCUGCUGUAACUUUGAAAAGUUAAAAAAGAAACCACAAAGUUGUAAUUUUGAAAUGCUUUGUUUCAAAACUCAGCCCACCUAUAAGCCCUGCGUCUCUCACUGCAGCUAUGAUGGUAAACUUACAACAAAAUACUAGAGACGACGUUCAGCAGCACCAGCUCCUAGGUAGCGCCAAGCAACUCCCUCAGAAACAAGGUGCAGACUGUCCGUAGUGAGAUAAAUGGUUUGCCUUUUUCAGCCUGAGCUGUCUUUCUGAAAAAAGAACCCUAUGAUUCCCUAAAGAUGUAUAAAAGUAUGCAAAAUCUUCAUAAGAAAACCUAAGCUGUUCAGGUCCCCUGCAUCUAUCUUCAUCUAAUUCAAUUAGCCCCUCUGAAGUUAGUGGAAUCAUUCAUGAAUAAAUCGGUCAUAAACAUUUGCUGGUCUAAAAUCAAAUAUCCCAAUAAUCUGCUAGCAAAAGUACAAAGGAUAUUAACAAAAUAUAACGUAGGAGUAGCCCAGGUCUACCCACCCCUAGCACAAUGUUGUAACUCGUCUAUCUAAUAGUAGUAUAUAGAAGCAGGUACUAGACCCUAGAAGACAGGUAAGCACAAAUGUCUCUCUAACGUAUAUCUAGAAGAGACAGUGAAUGAAAUGUUGUUCAGUAUUAACUGCUUCAGUAAAGAGAUGAUGUAAGCUGCACUUCAUAUUUGUUUCUCAUUUCUAAUUCUUUGGGACAACACCUGUGUCUUCCAGUUAUGAUACAGAGAGAUAUAGACUCCUAAUGCGUUUUGAGAAGGUGACUAGUUCCUCUCUUUUCAUGGUGAAUUUUUUGGUUUUACCUGGUUUUGUAAAGGGUUGCAUGGUAUCUCAACACAACAGAUUUCUUGCUAAAAAUGUAUUUCUUUGAGCUGUUAUGAAAGUUAAUUUUGCUGAUAAUGUUCUGAAACUAAGUAAAAAGGUUUUGCCUACCUGAGUACAGAUAAGUACACCUCCUCUUAAGCUCAUCUGAAAUAAUUGGCUCCUUCCUUUGGGCUAAUAAGGUACAUUUCAUAAAAAUCCAACUUCAUCUCAUCUGAGAGCUGUUUUGCAUGGAUUACAGGCCAAUCCAAAAUGGUAUGAACAAUCUGAGAGCAUUGCAGUUGUACGUGUCAAGAAAUAACUUUCCCAGUUUCUCUAUUAGAGAACGAACGAAAAGUGCGUUCAUGUCCAAGGUAGUUAAAAAAAUCAGUAACUUUUGAAAUAACUGACAAUGUAAUGAUUAUUGUCAUUAGGUACCAACUGAGAGUUCAAUUUCUAUCAUUGCUGAUAUAAGAAAAUGUGUAUUAACAUAUAAGGUAACUGGUUCAAGUGCAUUUUUACCUUGCCACAAGAAAAACUUUCCAUUUAAUCAGCUAAGCACAGACGUUUGUAGAAGUGCAAAUCAUUACACUGAUAGCAAGUAAUAUGCAU